ACAUUGAAAAAGAGAAAAACAACACGAUCCAUGGAGAUUCUGAACCUAAUAACAGUGGCUCUGUUAUUGCUAGCAUUAGCACCAAAGACGGAGAGCCAACUAAAACCGCCACUUAUUCCGGUGGCAAAGGCUCCACGUCCUCUCUGUGGAUCACAAUUUGCACUGGUCAACUAUGCAUGUUCGAGGUUGCCGUUCAGGCAUGGAGCGCCACCGGCAGAUUCUCCUCCACCGCCAGAAGGUGACGGAGAGAGGCACCAUAAUCAUAACCACCGACAUAACCACCGUCAUGGACACAGUCACAGACACCACCAGACGCCUGAAGAAGAAAACUGUUGCCGCUGGGCGAAGGAAGUCGACAACCAAUGUGUGUGUGAACUUCUCCUUCGCUUGCCACCCUUCCUUGUCAGACCCGUGCACCAGUACACACUCAACGUUGGAGCCGCAUGUGACAUCACUUACUCUUGUGGUUCACCAAUCUGAGACAUGGUCGCACAUUUUAAGUUAGAAAAUCUUGUCUUUGUCUUGUGUUUUGUGUAGUUUUUAAGGAUUCAUAUUAUACUUAUGGUUUCUUGUUUCUGGGUUUAGUUUUACUAUACAUGUGUGUUCUUAAAGACUUCUUCUUCUUCUUCUUUUUAAUAAGAUUUAAUA